CCAAGAUUAUAACCUUUUCAAUCCCAAUUCUAUUUGACCGAUACCCGGUGCUUGCAUCGAUAGUGCUUAAGAAGAGCAACGUGAAAACAUUUUGAUUUAGAUUUUACAGAAUAAAACAUUUUAUAUUUUAUAAAAAAAUGAAUUCAUUAUCUACUAAUUCGUUAACAGGAGCGGAGAAAAGUGAAAUCAUGGAACAAGUUAAACAACAAAUUGCUGUUGCUAAUGCACAAGAAUUAUUAACGAAAAUGAUUGAAAAAUGUUUUAAAAAAUGUGUUAUCAAACCAGGUACAUCAUUAGAUAGUACAGAACAGAAAUGUGUGGCAAUGUGUAUGGACAGAUAUAUGGAUGCAUUUCAUCUUGUAUUUAAAGCAUAUAGUAAUCGUUUACAACGAGAACGCAAUAGAAUGUAAAUAUAUUAUACAAUAUAAAUAAAUUGUUUUUUGUUGUGUACAUUAUAACUCAUUGAAUGAUCGAUGGGAUAAUCUAUACAUUUGUAUAAAGUUGCAAAAUACAAAUAAUAUGUUAUUCUUCUCUACAGAAGUAUAACUUUUGUAACAAAUAG